AUGAAAAAAACAGCAACAAAAAGACGACGGCCCCACCCCCCCUUGUUGCGCACGACGAGCGAUGUGGCCUUUCCGCGGCGCUGUUGCUCGGAAAACACAGACAGACGAGCGAGAACGACGGUUAAGACUAGUCACUCCUUCCAAGCUUUGCCGUCCGCAAAUAGAUUAACGCUCUUGACGGCAGCGGUCUCUUCGAGACGGAAACUCGACGACGCAGAAAAUGUGAAACACAACAGCAGCCGUUACUCGUUGUGUGCGGCGCAGAGCACGGUGAUGACAGAAGAGGGGGGCGUCAUGGCGCGCCCUACGGCCUUGCUGAAAAAAGAAAGAAAAAAUCUAAUUCCACGCUCCCAACCCCCUGGAGGCUUGCUGAGACUCUCCUCCUGUCCGUACACGUGUCGCUCAUUUCUGUCAGUAUCCCCCUUGCCCAGCAUCACUGUAAUCCGCAUUCCCUCUCCCACCUCACAAACUCACACUUCUUUACUCCCUCCGUAUCAACAUAAUAAGACAAUAAUGAAGAAGGGAGUGAAGAAGUGUGACUCUGUCUAA